GGGCCACAAAUGAACUAAGGAAAUCAGGAAGGAGGAAUUGUGCUCAGGUGUAUAAAAUUGAAGGGUGAGUUUGUAGAAGUGGCUGGGGCUGGUGUGCCCCAACCAGAGACUGAAAAAGGAAGUUCUCCCUCCCACUCCUCUUUGAUGGCAUACCUGAGGGAGUGAGAGAAGCUGGGCCUUGCUUCCUGAUACCCCAUCAGAAUAAGAAUGACCAAGUGCUGACAUCUACCAUAGUGUGACUCUUGCUGCACCCAGGAGGAAGGAGCCUCACAGUGGCAAGAAGAUCAUGAGUGACUGGAAAAACGUGUUCCAGUGAAAGCAAAAGUGUGAAGAACUGUUGCCACCUGCUUCUGGAAAUGACACUCUCCUUGGACUUUUCUUGGCUCCGGUGGAAAUGGCGAACCCAAAAUGGCUGCCCCCAGUCUCCUUCAGAAAGAACACCACUGCUUUCUCCAGAGAUGGGCCAGCAGAGUCACAAACCAACAGAGCAGCGGGUGGUGUACCCCAACAAUGGCAUGUGUCACCAGGACUGGAAGAAGGUCUCCAGGAGGUACCCAGGCAACAGCAUCUGUACAACCAAGUACACUCUGCUCACCUUCCUGCCCCAGAAUCUCUUUGAGCAGUUUCAUAGGUGGGCCAACCUCUACUUCCUGUUCCUAGUGAUUCUGAACUGGAUGCCCUCCAUGGAAGUCUUCCACAGGGAAAUCACCAUGUUACCAUUGGCCACUGUCUUGUUUAUCAUCAUGGUCAAAGACGGCAUAGAGGACUUCAAGAGAUACCGAUUUGAUAGAGAGAUGAACAGUGCCAGCAUUCAGAUAUAUGAGAGACUAGAGCAGAACUACGUGCCGAGGCGCUGGAAGGACGUGCGUGUGGGAGACUUUGUCCAGAUGCAGUGUAAUGAGAUCGUCCCGGCAGACAUCCUUCUCCUCUCCUCCUCAGACCCCAGUGGCGUCUGCCACCUGGAAACUGCCAACUUGGAUGGAGAGACCAACCUCAAGCAGAGGCGUGUUGUGAAGGGCUUCUCACAGCAGGAGCUGCAGUUCCAACCAGAAUACUUCCACAGUACCAUCAUAUGUGAACGACCCAACAAUCACCUCAGCAAGUUUAAGGGUUAUAUGGAGCAUCCUGACCAGACCAGGACUGGCUUUGGCAGCGAGAGUCUUCUACUCCGAGGCUGCACCAUCCGCAACACCGAGGUGGCAGCUGGCAUUGUCAUCUAUGCAGGUCAUGAGACAAAAGCUAUGCUGAACAAUAGUGGACCCCGUUACAAACGCAGCAAAAUUGAGCGGCGCAUCAACACAGAUAUCUUCUUCUGUAUCGGCCUCCUCUUCCUCAUGUGUCUCAUUGGAGCUGUCGGUCACAGUAUCUGGAAUGGGACCUUUAAAGAGCACCCUCCCUUUGAUGUGCCAGAUGCUGAAGGGAACUUCCUUUCCCUUGCCCUUGGAGGCUUCUAUAUGUUCCUCACAAUGAUCAUCCUGCUCCAGGUGUUGAUCCCGAUCUCCUUGUACGUGUCCAUUGAACUGGUGAAGCUUGGACAAGUGUACCUCCUUCAUAAUGACCUUGACCUAUAUGAUGAAGAAACUGAUUUGUCCAUUCAAUGUCGAGCCCUCAACAUUACAGAGGACCUGGGUCAGAUCCAAUACAUCUUCUCUGACAAGACAGGGACUCUGACAGAAAACAAGAUGGUGUUCCGGCGUUGUACCAUUGUGGGCAGUGAAUAUUGUCACCAAGAAAAUGCCAAGCGAUUGGAGAUGCCAAAGGAGCUGGACUCAGAUGGUGAGGAGUGGACCCAAUACCAAUGUCUGUCCUUCCCACCUAGAUGGACCCAGGGCUCAGCAACGAUGAGAAGCCAAGGAGGUGCCCAGCCUCUGAAAAGGUCCCAGAGUGCCCGGGUUCCUAUCCAGAGCCACUCCCGACAAAGGUCUGUGGGACGCUGGGAGACCGCACAGCCUCCAGUGGCCUUCAGCAGCUCAAUAGAAAAAGAUGUGACUCCUGAUAAAAACCUCCUGAGCAAGGUGAGGGAUGCUGCCCUGUGGCUGGAGACCUCAGAUACCAGACUGGCCAAGCCUUCCCAUUCCACCACUGCCUCCAUUGCUGACUUCUUCCUUGCCCUAACCAUAUGCAACUCUGUCAUGGUGUCCACAACCACUGAGCCAAGAAAGAGGGUUACCACUCCACCCUCCAGCAAGGCUCUGGGGACAUCCUUGGAGAAGAUUCAACAGCUGUUCCAGAGGCUGAAGCUUUUGAGCCUCAGCCAAUCAUUCUCCUCCACCGCACCCUCUGACACAGAUCUAGGAGAGAGUCUGGGGCCCAACAUGGCCACCACAGACUCAGAUGAGAAAGACGAUGCAUCUGUAUGUAGCGGAGACUGUUCUACUGAUGGCGGCUACAGGAGCAGCACAUGGGAGCAGGGUGACGUCCUGGGGUCUGAAUCAGGGGCUUCUCUGGAGGAGGGGCUGGAGGCCCCAGCUCUCAGCCUAGAUGGACCUGAGCUUUGCUAUGAGGCUGAGAGCCCCGAUGAGGCAGCUCUUGUGCAUGCUGCCCGUGCCUACAGUUUCACACUGGUGUCUAGGACACCGGAGCAGGUGACUGUGCGUCUACCCCAGGGCAUCUGCCUCACAUUUGACCUCCUAUUCACACUGGGAUUUGACUCUGUCCGGAAGAGAAUGUCAGUAGUGGUGAGACACCCACUGACUGGUGAGAUCAUCGUCUACACCAAGGGUGCAGACUCAGUUAUCAUGGACCUGCUAGAAGAUCCAGCCUGUGUGAAUGAUAUUGAUGUGGAAAAGAAGCUGAGAAGAAUCCAAGCCCGGACCCAAAAGCAUCUGGACUUGUACGCAAGAGAUGGCCUUCGAACCCUGUGCAUUGCUAAGAAGGUUGUAAAUGAAGAGGACUUCCAGAGAUGGGCCAGUUUCCGGCGUGAGGCUGAGGCAUCUCUGGACAACCGAGAGGAGCUUCUGAUGGAAACAGCCCAGCACCUGGAGAAUCAUCUCACCUUACUCGGAGCAACUGGGAUUGAGGAUCGACUCCAAGAAGGAGUUCCAGACACCAUCGCUGCACUUCGGGAGGCUGGGAUCCAGCUUUGGGUUUUGACAGGGGAUAAGCAGGAGACAGCAGUUAAUAUUGCAUAUUCCUGCAGACUGCUGGAUCAGACUGACACCGUGUACUCCAUCAACACAGAGAACCAGGAAACCUGUGAGUCCAUCCUCAACUGUGCCUUGGAAGAUGUAAAGAGCUUUCAUGAACCACAAGAGACAGCCCGAAAACUCUGUGGGUGCCGCAUUCCAUCUAAGAUGCCAUCUGCUAUGGCUCCUAAAGUUGGACUGGUCAUUGAUGGGAAGACAUUGAAUGCAAUUUUCCAGGGAAAUCUGGAAAAUAAGUUCCUGGAGUUGACCCAGUACUGUCGGUCUGUCCUAUGUUGCCGCUCCACCCCACUCCAGAAGAGUAUGAUUGUCAAACUCGUGCGAGACAAGUUGAGCGUCAUGACUCUUUCCAUAGGUGAUGGAGCAAAUGACGUGAGCAUGAUUCAAGCUGCUGACAUUGGCAUUGGAAUAUCUGGGCAGGAAGGCAUGCAGGCUGUCAUGUCCAGUGACUUUGCCAUUGCCCGAUUCAGCCACCUCAAGAAGCUGCUGCUUGUGCAUGGCCACUGGUGUUACUCUCGUCUGGCCAGGAUGGUAGUGUACUACUUCUACAAGAACGUGUGCUACGUCAACCUUCUGUUCUGGUACCAGUUCUUCUGUGGUUUCUCCGGCUCCACCAUGAUUGACUAUUGGCAGAUGAUAUUCUUCAAUCUUUUCUUCACCUCCUUGCCUCCCAUCGUCUUUGGAAUCCUCGAUAAAGAUGUCUCCGCAGAAACACUCCUGGCAUUGCCUGAGCUAUACAAGAGUGGCCAGAACUCUGAGUGCUACAAUCUGCCAGUGUUCUGGAUUUCCAUGGCUGAUGCGUUCUAUCAGAGUCUCAUCUGUUUCUUUAUCCCUUACCUGACCUACAGAGGUUCAGAUAUAGAUGUCUUUACCUUUGGAACACCAAUCAACACCAUCUCCCUCACCACCAUCCUCUUGCACCAGGCAAUGGAAAUGAAGACAUGGACUGUCCUCCAUGGCCUGGUCCUCCUUGGCAGCUUCUUGAUGUACUUCGUGGUUUCCCUAGUCUACAAUGCCACUUGUGUCACCUGCAACAGUCCCACCAAUCCCUACUGGGUGAUGGAAAGGCAGCUCUCAGAUCCCACAUUCUACCUCAUCUGCCUCCUCACACCAGUCGUGGCUCUUCUGCCAAGGUACUUUCUUCUGUCUAUACAAGGAACCAAUGGGAAGUCUCUAAUCUCAAAAGCUCAAAAAAUUGACAAGCUGCCCACAGACAAAAGAAACCUCGAAAUCCAGAACUGGAAAAGCAAACAGAGACCUGCCCCUGCCUCUGCUUCUGCCUCUGCCUCUGUUCCUGCUUCUGGCCCUGCCCAUGCUCGGCCUCCAUGCCAUCCAGUACCACCUGCACAACAGCAGGACUUAGGAACCAGCACCCCAAAGAACUCUAGCCCUCCCAGAAAGAAGCACAUUGAAGACUGGGUUCUCCAGAGUCCAAGAUGCAGUAGAGAGCUUUCGAGGGAUGACACAUGCCCAGGGGAUACCUUGGCUAAACUCUCUUCUGGGGAAUGCCUUCUGGGCCCAAACAGGACAAUGGCAUCCACAGCCUAUACCAGGGGACAGAAGGAUGUGUCACGACACUCAAGUAAAGGCAGCCAUCGCCGGUCUCAGAGUUCACUGACCAUAUGAUGGGACUACAGAAAGCAGAGAUUGAUACAAACUCAGAAGAGACCACCCCAAUCACUGACAAGUGACCUAGUCCCUGUCCUCUCUGUAUAGGAAUGACUGCCAGUUUUAUCAGUUCUCCUCACCAGGCUUGAAUUCCUUCAGGAAAUGCUGGUCCCAAAGGGGCUGAGCAAAACUGACUGUCAGACCACUGACUCUGGCUUUCUUCUGCUACCAGGCAGAACAUAGAAAACCAUAGACUGGAUCCAAACGUUAUGAUUUUGUUGCAUUGUGUUUUAAAGCUUUAGCCUAAGCACUUCCUUAUGUGCUUCUAAAUGAGUAAAGCCUAUGACCCCAAUGCAGCCAGGCAGUAAAUAUCCAAGACUCAACCAGUAUUAAAAAUCAUUGAAAUGUAUAGGAAUAUUAAAGUUACUAGGCUUGUCAAGCCAUCACCUUGCCUCACCCAAGAGUUCAAGUUUCAGAAGAGACCUGCACACACAACAGCUUCAUCUCAAGAUCACUGUAAUACCAAGUCCAUGAAUAGAGUUGGGGCUGACUCUUUCCUCUAAACCGCUGAUUUUCAACCUUCCUAGUGCUGCGACUCUUAAUAACAUAGCUCCUCAACCAUAAAAUUAUUUCAUUGCUGCUUCAUAACUGAUUUUGCUACUGUUAUGACCUGUCGUGUAAAUAUGCAGGAUAUGUGACAUACAACCCCAAAAGCACUGUGACCCAAGUUAAGAACCACUAUUCUAAGUCAAAGAAAAUGACAUCUGAAGAUGGAAGUGAAAUUAAACGGGAUUUACAUGUAGUACAGCAGAUACUACCAAGGACUGUGGGGUUACAACUCUUAUAAGAGGCAGGAAGAACACACAUACUCAGGUUUUCCACUAAUGGACCAUAUGUCCCACCAUCUGAAGAAUAUUCCAAAAGGACAUAGCAUUCUCCUCAUCUGCUAUAUAUUUAUUUGGAAAUAAACCUGCUCAUCCUCAUUCAUCUCUUAACAAUGGGAAAAAUCAGGGAUAAGAUCUCAGAAUAGCUUCCCUCAAGAAGAGGCACAUAUGACAGAGCAACUAGGAAUAGAGACUGACAUCUUCAAGUUUAAAACCUACACUAAGCAGCUUCUGCCAGAAUGCCAUGACCAUCAUUGGCCCAUGAUUCGGCUAAGUUAAGCAUUCUUGCUUGGGAAAAUAAUUAUAUGUGUUUCAUAUCCCUAGAAGUUGUAAAUGCUAAAAAAAAAUUUAAAGACUCAAAAGAUUUCUAUGAAAGACUAGGCAAUAGUUCUCAAAGGCUGUCAAGAUAAACUAGGUCUGUUAUGACCAGCAAUGGCCUAUUCCAAGUAUUCAAAGUUAAGUCAAGGAGUGUUCUUUGCCCUACUCGCCUAUGGCAGUGCCUACACAUUAGGCAAAAAAGUUCGAGGAAGGGCAAACUAUAACCUUUGUGCCCAAGUCAUUACCAUCAGCCAUGAUUUGGCCUGUCACUUAAUUCCUCAGCAAUGAUACUAAGAAAAAGCUCAACCAUCAAGAUGACAAAUGGCAAAGCGAGCCAACUCUUUGUUUAUCUUUGUGGAAAACAAAGACUGGAAGGUCCAUUUGGAGAAUUAUCCCAAAAAAAGUUCCACUAUGAAAUGAAUGAUGCCAGCAUGAGCCAGAAGGUGGGGACUUCAGUAUCCUACAGAAAAGUUGACAUGGCCAUCUAGGAGGUGGAGGAUGAGUGAUGGAUAACCAGGCUUGGGAUAGUCCAAGUGAAGAGACUCAUUAAAACGUGGAUCUCAGCCCCCUUUCCCUAUGAGAUGCCUGACUACUGCCAAUAGUCAGAAAUCCCAGUAGUAUAUUACAGAAAAUAACAGAGCACUGACUCCAGUAGAUUGGAGUUUACGUGUUUGCUUUUCCCUAUAGUCUUUAAAGGACCUUGAAGCAGGUCACCAUGCUUGCAAAUUAAGUUUAAGCAGCUCUACCUCCUGGCAUAAAGAUCAAGUACAAAUUGCACGCCAUGCACUGAUGAAGCUUUCAGAAAGUAGGGGCAGAACUUAGUAGCAGAGGGAGUCUCACUUUAGAGGGCAAAGAAGGGAUAGGAAAGCUGAAAGAAAAUGUGAUACCCACCCCUUACCAAAAUCCAGGCUCUGCUCGGCAUUCUGACGAUGCUCUUUUUUCUUACUUGACCGGUCAUUCAGUUUGCAUGGGAUGAUCCCAUUUUACUGUUUCCCACAUGCCUGGGCCAUCUGGUCACAAGUGGUUACUUACUUUUGCCACUCUUUGUGAACCAAACCAGCUGUGUGACUGUUUGAUGUGCUCAGAGGACAGUUCUAACAUUCCCUCUAUAUAAUGCUAGUGACUGUGUGUAUUACAUGUUAUAUGUGUAUAAUCUUUUCACUUAUUGACUGGAAACAUGUCAUCAUUUUUUUAGAAAGAACGAAAAAUAAACUUGUUUUUUCCCAUA